CUGUCGAGGCUGUUGUUGAACGCACCAUCCAUCCGGGCUGUGUCGCUAAGGGAAGAGAGGCUACUUGUGAAGAAAGCAACAGAUCCCCAGCUGGAAAACAACCCCACAUCUGGCACGCGAGCUGAGCAGAAAGAACUGGAGGAAUAUCUCAACGCUCGUGAAUAAAUGCGCGACUGGCUCAUUUGUCAAGCCUUGUCAUCCUUUGUGGAGAAGAGAAAAGUUAUCAGGAAUAGUUUGGGAUUUUCACGUUGCCGAAUUUGGAUAAUAUUAGUCAAAACGGCGGUGACGAGUGACACAAUACUUCAGGCUAAGUGUUUCAUUCUACAGGCACAUAGGCGACUGUGCGUAAUUAGUAAUUAUUGCAAAAUGAGCGGGAAAUAAGUGCAACAUCUGGAAGCAUUAAAUCAAGUUCCAUUUGUGAAAUCUAUUCGACAUUUAAAGCCUUCAGAGCCUGGCCACCUGCGUUUUGUUGCGACAGCAGACGGAGUUUUGUAACAGGUGGUUUUUAUUGAGCGUCUCACUUUGGCGCUGUCUCCAUUAGGCUGAUAUUUUUUGGGUAACUGACACACACACAGGUCAGUAUUGAAUUGAAUUGAAUUGUAUUGAAUAUAGGACUGGGGUCUGAAAUGAGGGCUCACUUUGCUAUAAUUUUCUGAUUUUUGUACGAGUGGACAACAGUUUGUAACGGAGGGGCGAGCAGCCAGAAGGUCCCUGUCUCUAAAUGAUAAGCUCGGUGUGUGUUUCGUCUUACCGGGGGCGCAAGUCAGGCAACAAACCUCCGUCUAAAACAUGUCUGAAGGAAGAGAUGUACAGAGGGGAAGACUCGGACAAAAUUAGCAUCAACGUUGGCGGCACUCGACAUGAAACGUACAAGAGCACCCUCAGGACCCUACCGGGGACCCGCCUGGCAUGGCUAGCAGACCCGGACCCGCAGGUCAGCUCAGACUCUGGAGCUGCGCCCCCGAGUGCCGAGUUAUUCUUCGACAGACACCCGGGCAUCUUCGCCUACGUGCUGAACUACUACCGAACCGGCAAGCUGCACUGCCCGGCCGACGUCUGCGGGCCGCUCUUCGAGGAGGAGCUGGCGUUUUGGGGGAUUGACGAGACCGACGUGGAGCCGUGCUGCUGGAUGACCUACCGGCAGCACCGGGACGCAGAGGAAGCUUUGGAGACAUUUGAACCACCGGAUCCGGAGACCGACGACGACAGAGAGACGCCGAGACGGUUCGGCAUCGAGGACUGUCCCGACAGGUCGAGGAGCUGCUGCGAAGUUUUGCAGCCGAAAGUCUGGGCCUUGUUUGAUGAUCCGUACUCGUCCAGAGCAGCCAGGGGAGUGGCGUUUGCCUCUCUCUUUUUCAUCCUGGUGUCCAUCACCACCUUCUGCCUGGAGACGCAUGAAGCCUUCAAUGAACUAAAGAACCGGACAGAUCUGGUUGUCACGGGCAACGUCACACACACAGUGGAGAGGCGGGAGAUGGUGACCAAGCCCAUCCUCACCGUGGUGGAGGGUGUCUGUGUGGUCUGGUUCACAUUUGAAUUCCUGGUGCGCAUCGUCUGCUGCCCAAACAAAGUGAUCUUCAUCAAGAACACGCUCAACAUCAUUGACUUUGUGGCCAUCCUGCCCUUCUACCUGGAGAUGGGCCUGAAGGGUCUGUCAUCCAAAGCUGCCAACGACGUGCUGGGCUUCCUCCGCGUGGUGCGGUUUGUUCGGAUCCUCCGGAUCUUCAAGCUGACACGGCACUUCGUAGGCCUGCGCGUGCUGGGCCACACGCUGAGGGCCAGCGUCAAUGAAUUCCUCCUUCUCAUCAUCUUCUUGGCACUGGGUGUACUCAUCUUCGCCACCAUGAUAUACUACGCUGAGCGCAUCGGAGCCAAGCCCGACGACCCCACAGGCUCCAACCAUACACACUUCAAGAACAUCCCCAUCAGCUUCUGGUGGGCGGUGGUCACCAUGACGACGCUGGGCUACGGAGACAUGUACCCACAGACGUGGCUCGGCAUGAUGGUCGGGGCGCUGUGCGCGCUGGCCGGGGUGUUGACCAUCGCCAUGCCCGUCCCAGUCAUCGUCAAUAACUUUGGGAUGUACUACUCGCUGGCUAUGGCCAAACAGAAGCUGCCGAAAAAGAAGAAGAAGCACAACCCGAACCCGGACGCACCGACUGACUCUGCCUCGUUCGUGAAGUCGGAAACAAACUCGCACAGAGACAGUACUCAGAGUGACACGUGUCCACUGGCUGCUGAGGAGAGCGUCAGCAGGAACCGCACAGACUCCAAACAGAAUGGAGAUGCAAAUGUGGCCCUUUCAGAGGAGGAAGGCUGCAGCCUGACCCAGCCGCUGUCCCCCAGUGAAAAGUGGACUCUGCGGUGCUCCCGAGGGCGAGACAAGACUAAGAAGGAGGUCACCUGCUUCCUCCUGACCUCUGGCGACUCCAACGUCCAUACUGAAAGCUGUAAAGACAUCCUCGCUGCCACUGGAAACUACGCUCAGCCAGAGGUCACCACACUGACCUGAUGCUGAUUGGCUACAAAAAGGAGAAAGUGCAUGAGCUCUCGGUGGAGUACAUGCUGUGCAGAGCUUCUUUCUCGUCCUGAUUGAACUGCAGGGGGGAUAUUUUUUAUUCAAGACAGAAUAUUUUAUUAGAUUUUUUUUGUCUCUGUCAUACAUUCCAAAAUCCUGUGGUAGAAAAUCAGUUACAUAGCAGAUUUACUGUAUGUACACACAUUGUUUCAAUGCAUUUAGCAUGUGUUGCAUGAUCUACUAUUGUAUAAUGUUCUUGAUAUGCUUAUCAUGAAGUGGAUCAUGUAGUGGACAUGUCUUAGCCUGUGUUAAAGGCCCUGAGAACAUAGUGUGCAUUCCAUGACCCAUACUACUGUACUAUUUAGUAUGCCAGGCAAAAGAUUUAGUAAGUUUCAAUACAUAGUAUCUCAAUGGCAGUAUGCUAAAAAUACCAGGAUGUCUGAAUCUGGUGCAUUUUGUAGUAUGCAGGCCAGCAUGCUUUUCUGGAUAUUCUGACCCACAAUCCUUUGCACAGGACAUAUAUGAGCAAGAGGGUCAAAGUUCAAGGUGCAAUGUCUAAAUUGUAUGUAUACCGCAUGAAAGAGUACGUACUUUGUAAGGGUAGCUGCAGUAUUUACUAAAAGUAAAAAGACAUUAGCACAUUAACACACAAUUGUCUGACAUCGUUGGAACAGUUUUGGUUAUUUCACAUCACAGAGUUCUGUUUUUUUUUUCUUCUCUGCACUUUUCUUAUGGGUUUGAAGUGGGCGGGGCUCAGUUGGGAAAAUGUGAUGUCACGUAUGUUCGUGCAGCGAUCAGCAUUUAGCAACAUUUGAGUCUGAUGACAGUUUGUGGGUUGUUUGGUCACUGUCAAUCAAAUCCCACAGUCCUGAUGAAGCAGAUUAGCAGAGUGUGUGGGUCAUAACACUGUUGCUUAUUUAGUCAUAAAUGUUUAAUGUUAUAGAGGACGACUUUUCAUGUUUGUUUGUUUUUUUAAAUCUGAAGUGAGUCUGUUUGAACCAUAUGGCAAAAUGUUUGCUCUUGAGAUGUUGCAUUUGUUAGCGGGAUUUUCUUUAUCUCACCUUUGCAGUAAUAUAUGUACAUAAACAGUCAGUUUUUGGAACAACUUUGUAAUUUGGAUUAAUACCUUUAAUCCAUAAAUGUUGUUAACUGUCAAGUAAGAACACCCAAACACUUGUAAAUAUGGGUUUGUAUAGCAAAACUGUUACUGUGAACUAGGAUUAGAAAAUGAACCCAUAAUUCUUUGUCGAUCAUCCGGUCUCUGCCUUCUGUCGUGCCACUGCUUUUUAACACUGACCACAGCGACAACAUGCAGAUAUUUUGUCGAAACACAGCAUGAUAUGAAUGCUGCUCAGGCAACAUAUUGUUUGUAAAUCCUUGUACAAUAAAAUAAUUAAACAAAACAAAACAAAAAAAAUCAAUGGAGCAGUAUUGUCUGCCUUUGACAUCAGCUGUAUACAAUGCAUCACUGCAGGACCAAAUGUAGACUAUUACAUGGUAGAUUUUUAGUACCAUCAUUACAAAAUAAAUACAGCCAUCAGUUCCACUUGUGCCUCAUGUUGAGUAAUGGAUCUUAAAUAUGUGCAGUAAUGUAAUUAGACUUGUUCCUUAACACUUCUGUGUCUGAACCCUGUUACAUGUUUCCACAGAGAGCGGAGGAGAGUGGCUUCUUUCACUCGUGACUUAUAUUGGUCUACCAUAGUGGCCUUAUGUUUAUUAAACAAAGGGAAAGUUCAUUUCAUCUUCAUUGGACUCUUGCUCCAUUUCUACGCUGACCCUGAGGUCUGUAAUUAUAAAAAGCACAGUUGUACGUAUGUAGCACAGUAGAUUAUUUUGGAUCAUUCCUUUAACUCUUUUUGCCUCUGUAUAGGACACGCUCAUGCGCCAUAAAAUAGCCAAUAAUGAAAGAUUAUUACUUUGAUAAUUCACUUUUUUAGCCUCAUUUCCCUGUUGUGUCUAUACUCAAAUUUGAUGGAGAAGCACACAGCACAUCAGUUUCAUAUCUCCCCAUCAUGGUUUGUAUAAGUAAUUGUGAUGGAUUUUUACACAGUCCAACUGGCAGAUGUUAUGUGUGUGCGCACAUGAUGUUGUAUCAUUUAGGCAUGUUUCUAUGCAGAAAUAAAAAUAAAAUCCAUUCCCCCUCCUGGUGUUAAAGAUAAAA